AUGAAGAUAGAAACUGGAGAUCACCACCCAAUAAAGAACAGACCCUACCGUGUACCCCCAAAUAAAAGACAGAAAAUUGACAAGGCUAUACUGGAAAUGAUGGACGCAAAGAUUAUUGAGAGAUCACAAUCGCCUUGGUCAUUUCCCUUAGUAGUGGUGAAGAAAAAGGACGGAUCAGACCGGAUGUGCGUUGACUUUAGAAGCUUGAAUAAGAUAGUAAAACCAGUAUCAUUCCCGCUACCGUUGAUUGAUGACAUCCUAUGUUUACUAGAGACACCGGCAGAUCAUCUUCGUCAUAUUCAAGACGUUUUCAAUCGCCCAAGAAAGCAUGGACUAAAAAUGAAGCUAAAAAAAUGUAGUUUCUUCAAGGAACAGACGGAGUAUCUUGGUUUCAUCAUUGAUGAACAUGAAGUUACACCUGAUCCAAAGAAAGUCGAAGCUAUAAAAAAGUUACCAGCGCCCACUGCAGUCCGAGAAGUUCGUGGCUUUAUAGCAUAUCCAGAUACUAAUAAGCCGUACAUCCUGUACACCGAUGCCAGCGACAAUUGUAUUGGGGCGUGCCUUACUGAAAAGACAGAGGAGGGAGAAGAUAAGCCAGUAUAUUACUUAUCCCACAAGCUGAGUAAAACUCAAGAAAAGUGGUCAACCAUAGAAAAAUUACCGACAGUCAACCUGAAGUGUGAAGAGGAAGAACAAUCAGAGCAUUAUGAACCAGAUGUUAAGGACAAUUUCUUUGAAGUUAACGUACUUAACUCCAAUGCCUUUUCGCGUAAGAGAUUGGCCAGAUGUGAAGUUAAGCAACACGACGAAUUGGUCAAACCCUUUAUUGAUCUACCAGCAGAGAUCAACAUCAAAGAAAGUCAACAACACGAUGAGCAGAUCAAGAAACUGAAGAAUCGGUUAAAUAAAGGAACAGCAACGGCAACCGAAGAAAAGAAGUUUCUAGAAAUUGAUGGUUUAAUGUACUAUCUUUCAGAUGGAGACUCAGAAGGCCCAAGACUUCGCCUGUAUGUACCACGUGAGUUAGAACUUUUAGUAGUGCAGCAGUAUCAUGACGGACUUGGACAUAUGGGAGUGGACAAAACAUAUGACGUACUCAGACAAAACCCUCAAGGUAAUGGUAAAGUAGAACGAUUUCAUAGAACUCUACAUGACGUGAUGGCUAAGAAAACAACAGACAACGCUCAAACAUGGAAUAUUCAUCUUGAUCAGACGUUGGCAGCCAUUCGUUUUCAUCCUAACGAUUCGUCAAAGUUUUCCCCAUAUUACCUUAUGUACAACAGAGAUGUCGUAUUACCUCUUGAUACGUUAAUGAAACCUCGAAGGAAAAAUGCGUGA